GCUCAGACAACGCCUCAAGCACACACAGACCUUAAAUAAAAACAUUAUAAACACUCUCAGAAAAAGGAUACUUAACGGAAAUUAAAAUGGAGCUUUUGCAAUUUUAUACCCGAAUGAGCCUGCUGCUCAGCAUCUUCAUCUGCAAAUUAGCACAGAUCGACGCCACGCCCACAUACUACGAUCUGGAUAGUUAUGAAAACAGUUACGAUCCCAACUAUCAUCACAGAAGCUACGACAGCGGAAGUGGAAAUUCGUAUACCUUAACUUAUGGCAAGCCCCUGACAGGUGAUCAUCUGGAUAAGCUGGACACGGGUUAUUACUAUGUGGAUAACGGUUACAUUGCCCCAGUACCCAGCAGCAGUGCCUCCAGCCAACGUAGUCUGACUCCUUACAGUGACGAUGUGCUGUCCGACGGAUACAGAAUCGCUCCAGUUGCACGCUACAGAAGAACACGUACAAAGCGCAAGAAGCUCUUUGUGCCCAACUUCUUUGGCUAAA